UUUUAUAGUGAUCUCGCCUAAUAUACCCGGAAGUAACUGUUGGUAACCACAUUAAUGAGGACUUUAACUUACUGUUCGUUAAGCUAAUAAUGAGUAGAAAAGUAUUAAGAGUUAUACAAAUAUAUUUUUGUUCGAAAAUUUAGUCUUCAUAAGUCAUAAUUUUCUUUCCCCUUCCUAGAUAAAGUAUUCAAGGUCACAAAGCAGGGUGUUAUUUACCAUGGCGUGCAUCGUGCACCCAUUAGUGAGGUGGCGACACACAGACACACAUACUGAAGGUCGCAAGAAAACUCUUUAAAAAUCUCUUACCCCAAAAAAUAAUACUUAUUAGAAGAAAAAGAAUGCAAACAUAGUCUAGUGACUUCGGCAAAAAAAAUUGCAUAAGAGAAAAUGAAGAGAAUAACAUUACUAUAUAAAUAUUAUCAUAUAUAAUCGGAAAACAGAUCAGUUCUCAAACAUUCCCAGUAAGCAGAAGCUUUCAAACCACAACAAACUCGAUAAUCAAUACCAUAACGUCCCACCACCACCACUAGAUACGUUCGUGUUGGAGUUUGGUGUAACGGGCUCCCCAAUCAGAAACAAGAGAGUGCAAAACGAAGCACGAUAAUUGGUUGGAGCUGAGGCACGCUAUGCAUUAAAAUGUAAACAAAGCAGAACAAAUGCUUUUCUCUAGCCCAGAAAUAGCGGCCUAAUGACAGCUGGCCUUGAGCGAGGGAUAACUUCACUUGCAGCCGCGAGUUAAUGUUGAGAGAUCCAACCAUCACCCAGCUUAGUAGAGCUGCCUCCUGUAGGGACGUUCCCCGAGCACUAGAGCCUGUGGGAGACGACGGCAGGACAGAAAGGGACAAACAAUGUCUCAAGGACAUACCUGAGGAAGAAGAGGAGGAAGGAGAAGGAAGAAGAGGGGAAAUAAGAAGAAAGUGUGUCAGUGCUAUCUGGGGUGUUGGGUGCCGCAGUGAAGCUGACCUGCCCGCCUCCGUCGCCACCUGCUUCGAAGAUACCUCUUUCCUGGCCAAGCUCCAGAACCGCCUCCUCUCCUUAGUGGGCCGCGCCAGCAGGUAUCGUCUUCAACGUGGCCUCAGCACCCCAGUAAUGCCCCUGGAGGCUCUACGACGGAAGGUGAAGGAGGCACGCUUGCGUCUCUUACCCCAUGCCAACACGCUACAACCCUCCUCUAAAAUCUCCAAGAUGGAGAAGAACGCUAAUGUGGCGCCCCCAGAGACUCCACCAUCCAGACUUUCCACCCCCAAAGUGAUGAGAGAAGCUGAUUCCCCCAACAGACGACAGUUGCAGACAGGAACCCGGUCAAUGGGCUGCUCCAACCUCCAGCAAUACUGGGCUGGUGAGGGAGGCGGUGAAGAAGAAAUUGAACUCCUUCAGCAGUACCUCAAUCUGCAACAACUGGCGGUGUCAAGGAAGCACUCGACGCAGCUCCGCCGCAUCCGUGACUCUCUGCUGGCCAGAGUCAGAAGCAGACCGACGUCUAUGGUGAAGACUCCCAACUCCCCACCAUCCUCAGUUUCCACACCUAACAAAGAUCGUCAGGCAUUGCGAAACUUCCUUCUCGACAUUGGUUUCGUGCAGUACUAUUCCCUCCUCAACAGACAUGGGUAUGACCUACCUACAGCAGCUCACAUGGACGCCCUGGACCUUGCUGGGGUAGGCAUCACUGAACCUCUACACAGGAUGGCUAUCAAGUUCGAGUUCGACCUGGUGCGGAGGCCCCCGCCAGUCCCCGAGGAUGUGCCAGAGACAGUGCAGGAGUGGCUGGAGUCCUUGGGAUUGCCGGACUACAUCGAGAAUUUCCAUCAAAAUGGUAUAUAUUGUCCUCUGGCAGCGCUGGGGCUGACCAAGAGAGACCUGCAGCUGAUGGGAGUCUACAUGCUGGGACACCGCAAGAAGAUCCUUCUAGCUAUCAUCGGACUUAAGGAAGCCUUGUUUAGGAAAGAGGCGACAGAAUGAAUUUCAAAAUAUAACUCAAUAUGUAUAUAAGCGAUGGUAAUAAAAUAUAAAUAGGAAGAUAUUUAAUGAAUAUCGAAGUAUCGGCUGCGUGAUCAGCUGUUAAUUUAUCUCUAUCUUUCAACCCGACAUAAAGUAUUACAAAUUUCAGAGGCUAAGUAGGACAAUGUAACUGAAAAAUAUAUCUUUGGCUAAUAAGAAAUGUUGCCUUUUGAUAUAUUGAUUCAAAUAUAGUUGACAAGUAAAAGUAUUUAGGGAGAGUUUUUUUUUUAAUGAAUAUAUGCUCAGUCAUUAACCAGAGGACAUACACAAGAAGCACUGUAUGCUGAGUUAACUUGUACAAGUGCUGUAAGUCACUCCUUAAUGAUCUUAUACAUAUGAACCUUCUUCUGUUAUCCAUUAAUAUUUCCUGGUUAUUAUUCACUGGUUGAAAUCAUGACACGAUGUUUAGAAUGCAUUCUUUAUGGAGGUUGAAUUUCACAGUCACAAAUAUUUUUACUCUUCACCUUGUGCGAGUAUAAUAUAUAUAUAAACACAAUAAGCGUCUCAUCCACAACAAAAAUAAAUAUAAAAUAUAUAAUAUAUCAACUUAACUAGCAGGUAUUAGUAUAAGAUCGAGACAUUCUUGAUCAUAAUGAAUAAUUAUAUUAUUUAUAUAUACUCAUUAAAAUACAUGCAAUGAACUUUCACACAAAAUUUACUAUUUUAAAGGGUUUCCCCUGUAAUUAAAAAAAAAUCCUAGGCUUGCUUACAAAGAUUAGGAUACGUAAACAAAACUCGACCAGUAAAGCCCUGACUCAUGUUAAUAAUUAAAUGAUGUUAGACAAAAUUGAUUAAUUAUUAAAAUAUUAAUAAUUAAAUAGCGUUAGAAAAAACAGGUGUUGGUAAAAAAAGCAUUGUAUGCAUUAUCAACCAUAGUAAACGUUAUCAACCACAGUAUGCGUUAUCAACCAUAGUAUGCGUUAUCAACCAUACUAUGCAUUAUCAACCAUAGUAUGCGUUAUCAACCAUAGUAUGCGUUAUCAACCAUAGUAUGCGUUAUCAACCAUAGUAUGCGUUAUCAACCAUAGUAUGCGUUAUCAACCAUAGUAUGCGUUAUCAACCAUAGUAUGCAUUAUCAACCAUACUAUGCAUUAUCAACCAUAGUAUGCAUUAUCAACCAUACUAUGCAUUAUCAACCAUAGUAUGCAUUAUCAACCAUAGUAUGCAUUAUCAACCAUAGUAUGCGUUAUCAACCA